GGGAAGGAGGGUUCCUUCCAGAAGAUGGGGCAAACACGUAGUCGCCUCGGUAGGAAGCGAAGAGGGGUUAUUUCGUUUCGUCUCAGCGUGGUUUCCCAAGCGGCAGCCUCGCUUGCCGACUGGCAUCGUCUACCGUUCGGCACACAGUCGAACUCGUUCGCCACUGGACGACGGACGUCGCGGCGUCGUCGUCGUCGCCCUUUUUAUCCCCAGAUAUUUUCACAUUCUCGUAGCUGAGGAAAAUCGGUGCCCACGAUGCGUCACGCGCUACCGCUCCGCUUAUUCUACUUCUUCUUCUACCUCCUGGUAUUUGUGUCAGUGUACGCGCGACGUGCCACCGGUUGCGCUUUCUGCGAAAAGCUCUCCCAGCAACAGUUGCAACUGCGCCAGCUACAGCAGUUGUCGCAGCAGCAACCGCACCAGCAACAACAGGGGUACAAAACGAUCGGCAGCCCGAGGCCCUUCGGUGCCGAGAAACCGACCAGGGUGCAGGAGUUCAACAGGACUGGCGUGCUGCACCCCGAGUACCUGAUACCGGCCACUCUUCGCCCCGGUAACGUAUCUCAGUUCUACUACUUGAGUCCACGCGAAGGACCACCUCUCACAUUACUCGUUAGUCCCUGUAGUGGGCCAAUAUCAUGGACGGUCAGUUACGUGGAACCACCGGAGAAUGCUGAAGAAACGGAAGGAGUAAAAUUGCAAACACGGUGGCCAGUGAAGAGUUUGAAACCAGGCUCUCCCCUUUUCACUUACGAGGGUGCAGAGGAUCAGAAUUUCACAAUAUCAAAGACACGUGCUGGUCUUUAUUGGUUCGAAAUUAAAUCCGUGAACCCUCCUGAUGCCAAUUUACAAAACUUGACACCGGGCACGGUGCUUCUAUACGCCACGUCAAGCAGCCUGAGCCAUAUUCCAGAAUUGUAUGUGAACGAAAAGGAAAAUCGUCACCGCUGGUUAAGAUUUCAGCAACGAAGAAGCAAACGUCGGCUCACAAUAUCCUGGAAUAAAAGCAAUAUAGAUCCCCACUUGUCGCACUACUGUUUAGCCGUGACAUCGGGCUCUCAGCCUCAUCCUUUAACACUAUGCGCCGCGCAAAAUAUUCUACGCGUUCACCCGCAUCCGACAAAAGGGAGUUCCUCCUCUAAAGAACAGCAGCACCGUGGCAUCCCGGAAGGACUUCAUUGCGUGCGUCAAACAAAAUUGACGCUCCACAGGAUGAAGUACGAUACCACGUACAAUUUUACCUUAUAUGUGGUAAAUAUGCGAAACAAUGUCUCGAAUCGGAUAGCGACUGAUACUAUAAAAUUUCGAAAAACACCGGAGUUAAGAUUACGCACUGGACAUUAUACCACAGCUAAUCUGCGUAAAACCGAUGGAUUCAUCAACUUCCAUUAUCGUCCUCCGGGAAAUACUUCGAGUACCUUUCAUAUUCUUCCUUGCGGUGGUGGCAUCGUCCGAGCAAAAUUAAGUGGUUCGGGAAUUUUAAGGGAGAAAGAGGUGGUAGGAUAUGCAUCAUUAAGGGUACCACCUUUAACUUCUGGAAAAACAUAUACAUUACGGAUAUCCGCUACACCACAAGAAUUAGUACGAGUAUCUGCCAUUAAAGUAUUAGCUACUCAAGAAUCGUCUGCAAUAUAUCCACAGAUACCAUCCAAAAGUGCGCCACGUGAAUACAGAUCCUUAAGAACUUGCCACGAGGUGACAAUAGGGGUUGAAUCAGCAGGCUCCGCAAAGUAUUGCAUCCUCGUGCGUGAACUAAAAAGCAGCUCAUCGCUGGCUAGCAUGACGACAAUUCCAGACCAAUGCGGCCUUCAUCGUCGACGACGUUCUGAGUACACUUUCGAGGUCUGCGAAGAGAAACGAAGUCCACCGAAAGAUCGAGCGCUUCCGUUCACCCUUAAGAGGUUACAGCCAGGAAAAGCUUAUCUCUUACAAAUUACAGCUCAAUUAAAAGGACAGUCUUUAUCAUAUCCGUUGUUAACUGUACGCACUCGACGCUCUUGUCUACCUUGAUAAUCAUCAAAGAAAAUAGGAAUAUAUUCACUGAUGAUCUUCAAGAUGAACUUUGAUCACAUAAAUUGUUACUUUGUUUAGAACCAUUUAUUUCGCUUUCUUACUAUUUAGUAUUCUCUUCGUUUUUUAUAUUGAAAUGAACAUACAGAUGAUCGAGGGAUUGCUGUCUUAUUAAUGUUUAUCUAUUGAUUGAAUAAGCAAUUCUUUGGUACACUAUGAGAACGUUAAACAUUGAAUUUCUGAUGUAAGUUAAGAUCUUUUAGAUAUUACCCGCAUAAAGUUUUGGUCCACGUGUAAUUUUAUUUAAAUUAAAAUUAUUUUUACUUCACGAAAAUUGUAUGAUUUGAAAUAUCACUUGUAAACGGACAAAACUAUUGUUUACUACAUGAAAACUGCAUGAUUUAAAGAUUUAUGAGUUCAAAAUGUCAGUUGUAAGAAAACAAAAUAAUUGAAAUGAACAGAAUUAUCUGAAUAUUUUUUUGAUAACAAAAGUAGUUUUAUUUUUCGAAGAUCAUGGUGCAAAUUACUUGUUAAUUCUUUUGAAAUAACCGCUGAUGUAAUUGAAACACUGUACCUUUUAAAAUAUGUUUGCUCAUGGUCUUUCGUUGUCAAAAAUAAAAUUUACGUAUCGCUAUAUCAUUUGAAAAUUGCUCCAAUAGAAUAUUAUUUAUCGAUGUAUCGAUUUAUCCACUUUAGUAUAAAAAAGUACUUUCUCAUUAUGAAAAAAUGUUACUUCACCUCGAGGCUAAAUCUAGUCUAGAUUUACAAACUAUUAUAAUCCAAUAACGUUUACUUGGAAUUUGUACUUCUUUUUUUUUUUUUUACUUUAGUUUAAAAUACGUUUUUAUUACUGAAUUUUAUUGAAACGACCAGUACACAUCAAUAACAUUGUUGAUUUAAAUACAAAUUACAUCUGUAAAUAUAA